AUGCCGCGGGAUCCCUUAAUCGGCCUUGUAGGCAAGCCUUCUGCUGGCAAGAGCACGACUCUAAACAGCUUAACCGAUGCGACGUCUAAAGUUGGUGGGUCGAACCUAUCCAACAAAUAUAUUGUGUUCUUUUAUUCAUCAUCGACCCGAAUUUCGGCGCUGAUAUUUGCGAUGCCACAUAGGAAACUAUCCGUACGCCUGUCCCCUGUUUUCACAACGAUUGACCCUCAACGAGCCAUCGGUUAUCUCCAAAUAACAUGCGCCUGCGAGCGCUUCGGUGUACAGGAUAAAUGCAAGCCUAACUAUGGAUCUUGUGUUGAUGGCCGCCGUUCCGUGCCGAUAGAGCUUCUUGACGUAGCUGGACUUGUUCCCGGCGCACACCAGGGCAGAGGUCUAGGUAAUAAGUUUCUAGACGACCUCCGACAUGCGGAUGCUCUAAUCCAUGUCGUGGAUGCUAGCGGGAGGACGAAUGCCGAGGGUGAAAAUACACGAGGAUACGACCCCUCUCAGGAUAUAGCCUGGUUACGUGGUGAGAUCGUCGCCUGGAUUAAAGGGAAUCUGUGGGAGAAAUGGGGUUCCAUCAAGAGGCGACAUGUUGCUAUCAAGGCUACUGCUGUUGAGACCCUUCAAGGACAGUUCUCAGGCUACGGAAGUACGGCUACCGUAGUAGCACGCACUCUAGACCGUCUUAACCUGAAAGAGCCGCUGGAGCACUGGACCGAGGAGACGGUGGAUCGUGUUGUCGGCGCAUUUACUGAUGAGAAGUUCCCGACGGUGAUCGCGCUAAACAAAAUCGACGACUCUGAUGCUUACACAAAUCUUAUGAAGAUCACUAAGAUGCAGGAUCCUAAUAUGGUGGUCGCAUGUUCGGCGAAGGCCGAGCUAUUCCUACGAAAAAUGGCUAAGCAGGGUUAUAUAAGGUAUACGGAGGGAACUGAGUUUGUGGACACACGCGAAGAUCUGAUAGCAGACGGCGACCCGGACGGCGGGGGAUUAAAGGAGUUGGAUGAAAAGAAUAAGAACACCAUCGAGGAAUAUAGAGAUAUGAUCUUGUUCCGAUAUGGGUCUACUGGCGUCGUCCAGGUUCUUUCAAAGGCGGCCGAAAUACUCGGUCUCGUACCCGUCUUCCCCGUACGAAACGUGUCGACUUUCAGCUCCGGUUCGGACACGAAGGUCGCAUUCAGGGAUUGCGUCCUCGUGAAAAAGAAUUCAACUGUGGGCGACGUCGCGAGGAAAGUUAUGGGAGAUGCGCCGAUUGCCUACGUAGAAGGGGUGGGAGGCGUUCGAGUCUCGGAAGACGCUGUCGUGACCGCAGGUAAAAACGAUGUCUUAUCGUUUAAGAUAGGUCGAGCGUAAUAAAUAAAGUCACUUGAAAGUCACUUGAUUGAAUAAUCUAUUUCUUCUGAUAUAGUGCUUAUACAGAAGACAAAACUGGGCUUUAGUUAAGUGAAGUUAUUUAUAUGCUAUAUUAUUACAUGAUGCUGCCGUCAUUUACAACUUACUAAGUGGCCGCUCAAAAAGGUUAUAUUGCUGACAUGUUAAGCGCGGAGUAUCUCGUAGACUCAAACUCCUUAUGUUAUCAUCCCAUAUUUCAAAUCCGUGGAGAUGCUAGAUAUAUUCUUUUUUUUUUUUUUUUACCAUAUUCAGCUGCAGCGAUAUAACUCCAAUUUUUAUCUUACAACAUUCAAUAAUAAAUGCC